GAAAACUGUAGCUUUACACCAUCACUUACUGCAGUGAAAUAAUCCUUGCAAAAUACUUAAGCUUAACGUUGCUGCCUGGCUCCACUCUUGAAUUAUGGACUCCUUGGAGCGUAUAAUGCGUGCGGCACCUCUGCCGCGCGCUCUUAGUGUUAAUACUGCGACAACAAAAGGCCAACAGCGCGCCUUGGUGCAUGCCUCGCUAGCAGCUGCCACAGUGGGUCGCAAAGGUAGACAUUUGACUGGGACAUUUUGUUUAACCGGCGACACCAUGGAGGGCAUAAUACAGUGUUUAGUGUUCUUGAAAGCAUUUUCGCUCGUUGGCGGUGAAUUUGAUAUGGAAUUAAAUUUUGUCAUACAAGAUGCACAAAAUAUCAAACACAUGUUAGAAUUACUAGAUCAUUGUCCACCAAAUUUACAGGCUGAAAUAUGGAGUGUCUUUAUUGCAAUUUUACGCAAAAGUGUACGCAAUCUACAAGCCUGCACAGAUGUUGGCCUUAUCGAACAUGUUUUGGUGCGUUUGCAACGCUCCGAAACAGUUGUGGCAGAUCUCCUUAUCGAAAUGCUGGGUGUUUUGGCCAGCUACAGUAUUACGGUAAAAGAGCUCAAAUUGCUUUUCGGCACAAUGAAGGCCGUAAAUGGCAAAUGGCCACGUCAUUCAGCGAAGCUCUUAAAUGUUUUAAGACAAAUGCCUCAUCGUAAUGGUCCUGAUGUAUUUUUUAGUUUUCCAGGACGCAAAGGCUCGGCCAUGGUAUUACCACCAUUAGCUAAAUGGCCUUAUGAAAAUGGUUUUACAUUUACCACAUGGUUCCGUUUGGAUCCCAUUAAUUCUGUGAAUAUUGAACGCGAGAAGCCCUACCUCUACUGUUUUAAAACAUCAAAAGGUGUUGGUUAUACCGCCCAUUUUGUUGGUAAUUGCCUUGUACUGACUUCAAUGAAAGUUAAAGGCAAAGGAUUCCAACAUUGUGUAAAAUAUGAAUUUCAGCCAAGAAAGUGGUACAUGAUUGCCAUCGUGUAUAUUUACAAUCGCUGGACAAAAAGCGAAAUAAAGUGCCUCGUAAAUGGACAAUUAGCGUCCAGUACCGAAAUGGCUUGGUUUGUGUCAACAAACGAUCCAUUCGAUAAAUGCUAUAUUGGAGCAACACCCGAAUUAGAUGAAGAACGUGUCUUUUGUGGUCAAAUGUCGGCCAUAUACCUUUUUAGCGAAGCCCUGACCACCCAACAAAUCUGUGCCAUGCAUCGCCUGGGGCCCGGCUAUAAGUCGCAGUUUCGCUUCGAUAAUGAGUGCUAUCUGAACCUGCCGGACAAUCAUAAGAGGGUGAGUCAACUGUCAUCAACACUAAAUCAACCUCCCACUCAGCGUACUGCCGCCAUACUGCUGGCUGAGCAGGAAGCCCAGUCCAUUGACUGGUCAGAUGAGAAAUUGGACUUACAAGCAGCAUUUGCCAAAAUUCGAGCUGUUCUGGCAGCUCGCAAUGCCAAUGCAAAUGCAGUGUUGCAGGCCCUAUCUGGAAGUAGUAGUGGGGGUGGGAAUGUUGCGGGAGCUGGGGCCGAUUCUACAGCGGCUGAUAACACGGCCUCGGGCACAUCGACGGCCAACAACAAUGCCCCAUCGGACACCAACACAACCGGUGGUAGUGAUGGCACUAAAAUCACCGACUCCUUGAGUCAUAUACCUAUUGGUUCUGCUUCUUCAUUUGAUCAUUUGAGACGUAUAUCAUCCUCUUCUCUGUCCAAUUUGGAAUAUCUGAGAGCAUUCGGAGGAGAUACGGAAGAAAUCGAACAAUUAAAAUAUGUAUUAUACGAUGGCAAACUAUCGAAUGCCAUUGUAUUCAUGUAUAAUCCUGUAGCUACCGAUGGCCAACUAUGUUUGCAAUCAGCACCCAAGGGAAAUGUAUCAUACUUUGUACAUACACCACAUGCACUUAUGUUACAAGAUGUUAAGGCUGUUGUUACACAUUCCAUACACUGUACAUUGAAUUCAAUUGGUGGCAUACAAGUCCUGUUUCCACUCUUCUCACAAUUGGAUAUGGCCCAUGAGGGUAUUAGCGAUAUAAAACGUGAUCCAACGCUUUGUUCCAAACUGCUGGGCUUUAUUUGUGAGUUGGUUGAAACCUCACAGACGGUGCAGCAGCAUAUGAUACAGAAUCGUGGCUUCUUGGUCAUAUCGUUUAUGCUUCAGCGUUCAUCGCGUGAACAUCUCACACUGGAGGUGUUGGGAUCGUUUCUGAAUCUAACCAAAUACUUGGUGACAUGUCUAUCGGCCAACAGUGAUUUACUGCUCAAACAGCUGUUCUGUUUCUCAUUUCUAACGUGGCAGCUGCUGGACCAUGUACUCUUCAAUCCAGCCUUGUGGAUAUAUACACCGGCCAAUGUGCAGGCCCGUUUGUAUUCCUAUUUGGCCACCGAGUUUCUUAGCGAUACACAGAUUUAUAGCAAUGUUCGACGUGUCAGCACCGUAUUGCAGACCGUUCACACAUUGAAAUAUUAUUAUUGGGUUGUGAAUCCACGAGCUAAAAGUGGUAUUGUACCAAAGGGUUUGGAUGGCCCCCGUCCAGCCCAAAAGGAUAUUUUAGCUAUACGUGCAUAUAUUUUAUUGUUUCUAAAACAAUUGAUUAUGAUAGGCCAAGGUGUCAAAGAAGAUGAAUUGCAAAGCAUUUUAAAUUAUUUGACAACCAUGCAUGAGGAUGAAAAUUUACAUGAUGUUUUACAAAUGUUAAUAUCUUUGAUGUCUGAGCAUCCGAGCUCUAUGGUACCUGCUUUUGAUGUUAAACAUGGUGUUAGAACUAUAUUUAAAUUAUUGGCUGCUGAAAGUCAGUUGAUACGCUUACAAGCCCUCAAAUUAUUAGGGUUCUUUUUAUCAAGGAGUACUUACAAACGAAAAUAUGACGUUAUGUCUCCUCAUAAUUUAUAUACAUUAUUAGCGGAACGUUUACUUUUGUACGAGGAAUCAUUGUCGAUGCCAACAUACAAUGUUUUAUAUGAAAUUAUGACGGAGCAUAUAUCACAGCAUAUUAUGUACAAUAGACAUCCGGAACCGGAAAGUCACUAUCGCCUUGAGAAUCCAAUGAUGCUCAAAGUCGUUGCCACUCUCAUACGUCAAUCAAAACAAACCGAAUCGCUUAUCGAAGUGAAAAAGCUCUUCCUCUCCGACAUGACACUGCUGUGCAACAGCAAUCGGGAAAAUCGACGAACCGUUUUGCAAAUGUCAGUGUGGCAAGAAUGGCUUAUAGCGAUGGCCUAUAUACAUCCGAAAAAUACCGAGGAGCAAAAGAUCUCCGAUAUGGUCUAUUCGCUGUUCCGCAUGCUGCUGCAUCAUGCCAUCAAAUACGAAUAUGGAGGAUGGAGAGUGUGGGUGGACACCUUGGCCAUUGUGCAUUCGAAAGUUUCCUAUGAAGAGUUCAAACUACAAUUCGCUCAAAUGUAUGAACAUUAUGAGAGACAACGUACCGAUCAAAUCACAGAUCCGGCGCUGAGGCAGGCACGUCCCAUAAGCACCAUAAGUGGUUGGGAAAGGGAAGAAAUGCAACAACAGCAUGGAACAGCAGUGGUGCAUAACGCCACUUCGGUGGCUUCCCUGGAAGAUGUGCCUCCGGUGGAGGAGGAAGUAGAGGAAAUGGAUAUGGAAGAGGAAGAAACUCAUCAGGAUGAGGAAGAGGAGGUUGAAGAAACCCCCAACCCCAAUGAUGAUGAGACAAAGUGUGCAUGUGCCAAUGAGGAGAAACCAGUGGAUGCGACGAGCCAUCAGGUUAUCGCAGACGAAGUGGAGAUGGAAAUGGAGCCGGAACCCAGAGAGGAUGCCGCUAUAAAAUCGAGUAUCUCGAAUAUCAGUGAUGUGUACAAUGAACACAUCAAAUCCGAAGUUCUGGUAGUCUCCACAGUCCAAUGCAAUGGCAAUGCCUCCUCUUCGGCUAGUACCAGUGCCAAUGCCACUCCCGCCAAAACCCUAAACCCCUCUGCGGCCUCAGGGCCUGAAGCCCUUAAAAAGACCUUGAAUAUUGAGGACUUGGAGGAGCUAGAAUUGGAAAAUGCCAAAGCAGCGGCCAACAUUGAAGAUGCAGAGGCCCAUGUGGAACAUGUGCUGCAAUCUUCGGAGAAGGUGCUGCAAGAAUGUAAAAUGGUGGCGGAUGAGUUGCAGCAUGAGGCUUCUUCAGUCAUCAAAGAUGAAGAAAUCGAAUUGGCCGUUAACGAGGUGGUGCAGGGUGUGUUAAACAAUGAAAAGAAACAAAUCAAAGAACCGUCCUUAGAAAUGACAACAACAAUAGCAGCAGCAGCAGCAGCAGUAACAACAACAACAACACCAGCUACAAUAACAAAAGCAUUGGAAGACAAUGCCAAUACAGUCAACGAAGAUGCUGAAGUCAAUGACAAAGUAACAAUGCUCAAUACGAAAAAUUUACUUAACAAUAACAUAACGGAAGCGGAAAAAUUAACGGAAACGGAAACGCAGUCCAAUAAGACCAAGGCCGACACCGAAAUUUCUGCCGCCGCCCAAGAAAUCAAUGCAAAUAUUAAUACCCCCACAAAGGAGGAGGAUGAUACCAACAGGCCUCAGAAAGAAGGCAACAAUGAUGAUGACGAGGAAACUAAAAAGACUGAACAAACACAAGAAACUAAAAAAGAAAAUCUUUUAAAUAACAAUCAAUUGCCAAUUGAAGAGUCACAAAAUGUAACGGAAGCGGCCACAACUGCCGCAGAAACAACAAAACUCCCAGCAGUGGUUGCGGAAACCGAAAUGCCAGCCAUCAAAACUCAAGACCUGGUGGAAUUGGAAGUCAGUUCGUCAUUGCCCACCACCAUAACGGGAGAGACCUCGGAGGAGAUUUCAUCUCUAAGCCCUGAUACGACGAUAUCAAGUCCCUCAAUGAUGGAUGAUGCACCCCUACUCAAUCUGAACGAUGAAUCGGCAUCAGAGGAGGCCAAAGUAGAGACAGUGGUCAAGGACAUUGUGGAUGAACUCAUCGAUCGUGUAAUUGAGGAGACCAAUAACAAUGACGUCAAUAAGGAACAGCAAAGCGAAGUGGUGCCUGAAGAAUUCCUUAAUGAAACAGCUCAAGAAAUUAUUGAAGAUGUUCUCCAGAGUGCUGUGGAGCAGGCCUCAUCAUUGGAGGCAGAAGUUCCCGCAUUGGAAAAGAAAACUUCGGAAGAAACGACUGCCAAUCCAACAAAACCAGACAUAGAGGAAGUGGAGUUGGAGGAAAAUGUUGCCGCCAUUGUUCAAACUGUGGUGGAUGAUUUAGUCGAUCAGACAGUCAACAGCAUAGUGGACACUGCCAUUGAGGAGCAUGCUGUUAUGGAAGAAAUCGCCACCCAAGUGGAAGAUCUAAAAAUCAUUGACUCCAUUAUAGAUCAAGCCGAGGAGGAAACUCAAACUUCCGUGGAAGAUCUACACCACAAGAGUGCGCUUCAGGCUACCAUGGAAGCUGAUGCCCAAACCACGGAUGCCGAAGAAUAUGUGGAGACUGCACCCAGUGUAGGUGUCAGCCAACAUGAGCAGCAAACACAGACACAACAAACUGAGGAAUUGGCAGAUAUGGAGCAGACACAGCAGCCUCAGCAGGAUCAGCAGGAUCAGCAACAGCAUCAUCAACAUCAACAGCAACAGAGCGCAAGUACCCAAGUGGAUAAUCAACAUUUCGAUAACACCAAACAGUCAGCAGCACAUAACCAACAGCAACAACAACAACACCAGCAGCAGUCGCAGUCACAACAACAACAACAGCAACAACCCUCACAGCAACAACAGCAACAACGUUCAAAAUCUGGCUCCACUCGACCCAUGUUCAGUCCGGGCCCAACACGUCCACCCUUCCGCAUACCCGAAUUCAAAUGGUCUUACAUUCAUCAACGAUUGCUAUCGGAUGUUCUGUUCUCGCUGGAAACGGAUAUUCAAGUAUGGCGUUCACAUUCCACCAAAAGUGUCCUGGAUUUUGUCAAUUCCAGUGAAAAUGCAAUCUUUGUCGUGAAUACGGUGCAUUUGAUAUCACAAUUGGCGGAUAAUUUGAUAAUUGCCUGCGGUGGUCUAUUGCCAUUGUUGGCUUCGGCCACAUCACCCAAUUCUGAACUUGAUGUGCUGGAACCCACCCAAGGUAUGCCACUCGAGGUGGCUGUAUCAUUUCUGCAACGUCUUGUCAACAUGGCUGAUGUGUUAAUAUUCGCAACAUCAUUAAAUUUUGGCGAAUUGGAAGCCGAAAAGAAUAUGUCCAGCGGUGGUAUAUUGCGACAAUGUCUGCGUCUCGUCUGCACAUGUGCUGUGCGAAAUUGUUUGGAAUGCAAAGAACGUACACGUUACAAUGUCGGUGCAAUGGCACGCGAUGUGCCGGGAGCAGCUCAUUUACAAGCCCUCAUACGUGGUGCCCAGGCCUCACCCAAGAAUAUUGUCGAGUCAAUAACAGGUCAAUUAUCUCCGGUUAAGGAUCCUGAGAAAUUGCUGCAAGACAUGGAUGUUAAUCGCUUGAGAGCUGUUAUCUAUAGAGAUGUGGAGGAAACCAAACAAGCCCAAUUCCUUUCCUUGGCCAUUGUGUACUUCAUUUCAGUGUUGAUGGUUUCCAAAUAUCGCGAUAUCUUGGAACCACCAGCCGAACCACAAAUACAAAGGCAAUCACCGGUCAUGCAGAGAUCAUCAGGCGAACCCUCAGGUCGUCCUUUAUUUCCGCAAUGGUCACAUCAUGUGUAUCCACAAUUUUUGCCUGGUACCCAUCAUAAUCAUGUAACUACAGCAAAUAUGCAACAACAACAGCAGCAGCAACAGCAGCAAGCCAACAUGCAACAACAUCAACAACAACAGCAGCAGCAACAUCACCAACAUCAUCAGCAACAGCAACAAAUGUAUUAUCAUCAACAAAUGCCAUCACCGCCACCACAUCAACAUCAGCAAACGGCGUCAAUGCAGCAACAGACGGCUCAUUUACAACACAAUCAUCAUCACUUGACACAUCAACAACAGCAACAGCAGCAAUAUUAUCAAAGCCAUCAUCAGGCAAUGAAUAAUGCCGCAGCAUCCUCUUAUGCCGCCCAUUGUCCUUCGCCCCCAUUGGCCACACAAUCGACAAGUCCUUCGACCUCUUCAACGACCAACACCUCACAACCGGCCUCAACCUCUUCGCUCUCCAGUUUGGCCUCUCAGCCCCAUCAUAGGCAUGGGGGACAAAAACACCAGCAGCAGCAACAGCAACAACAACAACAGCACUAUCAGCAGCAGCAUGCCGCUGGAGGGAAUGUGGGGCCAGCUAGCCAUCACUACACUAUGAUGAAUGGCAGCCAAGUGUUAAAUGGGAAAAUAUCAACGCCACAGCCAUACUCCAAUGCUGAAUUAAACGGUAGUGGUGGUGCUGUGGGUGGUUAUCAUCAUCAUGCCCACAUGCAACAACAGCAACAACCUGCUUAUAUGAGAACCCCCUCCACAUCGGCCUCAACAUCGUCCAUGAUGAUGAAUGGGCUCAAUGGUGGGACCUCUCACCAAAAUGGCAUUGUCGAUUAUCAUUCGCAACAUGGUGGAGCUGGCGUGGGUGGUGGUGGUGGUGGCGGAGGCAUGUUAAACGGUGUUGUUGCAAAUGGCAAUAAUCCCGGCCUCAUCCAUGCCACUAACAAUGGCGGUGUUGCUAAUAAUAAUAAUGGCAAUAAUCACAACUCCAUGGCCAUGAAUAAUGGUCGCAAUAUGCGUAAUGGUGGUCAUGUCUUGAGUUCCGGUGUUGUUGGUCCCGGCAUGCAUGCAAGCAUGGGUGGUGGCCUAACGGCGACAAAUGCAGUUAGUGGUGGCGGCGUCGGCCUUAUGGGAUCCUAUAAAAAUAAUAAUGGUCUUAAUAAUAAUUAUCGUUAUAAUGGACGUACUACAAGUGGAACAGGCCGUACCAUACAAGAUGGUGACUAUGAAAUCAUAGUUGUCGAUGAAAAUAAUCCCUCAGUGUUGGCAGAUAAUGAUUCACAUUCAAGUGGACCUCCUUCGAUAAAGAGUCCCAAAAUGCCAACGAAAUCCCAAACAAUUGCGACAGCAACACCAACACCACCCUCUUCAUCGACGACCUUAACAAAAACAUCGACAAAGGGGGCCACAACAAUGGCAACCACCAAUGCCACAACUACCACUACCACAACUACUACUACCAUUACUAACACAGUCAAAUCGAUAACAACAACAAUUAAUUCGGUAUUAUUGAAUAAUAGUACAACAACAUCAGCAACCAAUAAAUUACAACAACAGCCAUUGUCGCCCCCUAAACCAGUGGUGCCACAAAAAUUACCCAAGAGUGAUUCCGAAUGCAAUUCACUGAACAUGAACUCAACCGAAAAUGAAGUUCCUGAAGUCGAGUCGUCUAGCGAAAUAAUGGUCGAUGACAACAAACCCAUAAAUUCCAAUGACGAGAGUUGGACAGAUGUCAAUUUGAACGAGGAUGCCGGUGUACAGGCCACAGCCACUGGCAUAAUUAUGCCCGGCGGCAGCGGCAGUGGUGCAGGCGUUGAGGUUGGCAAAAUGCGUGUUGGCGAUGAUGGCAGUGGCAUGCAUUCAGUGCAUGCUGCCCAUCUGCAGCAUUCCCAGCAUGGUGUUAGUGAGCGCGGCGAUAAACCUGAUUCGGAAAUAUCUGUGGUGCGUGUACCCGAUGGUUAUACAAAUGCCUCGGGGGCUGGAGGCAAUUCAGCGAAUGUUGGUGGUGUCCAGCGAGGCUCCCGACCGGAUGAUUUGCCCAUGAAACCUCCGCUGGUGGGUCAAUUGCCCAUGACAACACCUUCCCGGGAGGCCAGCCUUACGCAGAAACUAGAGGUGGCCUUAGGGCCUGUGUGUCCCUUGCUGCGUGAAAUUAUGGUGGAUUUUGCCCAUUACCUAUCCAAGACUUUGGUGGGCUCACAUGGCCAAGAGCUGCUGAUGGAAGGCAAAGGUUUGACCACUUUCAAGAACUCUCACUCGGUGGUGGAAUUGGUCAUGCUGCUCUGCUCCCAGGAAUGGCAGAAUAGUUUGCAGAAACAUGCCGGCCUUGCGUUUAUAGAGUUGAUCAAUGAGGGUCGUUUGCUGUCGCAUGCCAUGAAGGAUCACAUAGUGCGCGUGGCCAAUGAGGCCGAAUUCAUACUGAAUCGCAUGCGCGCUGAUGAUGUGCUCAAACAUGCCGAUUUCGAAUCACAAUGUGCCCAAACUUUACUGGAACGCCGCGAAGAGGAGCGUAUGUGUGACCAUUUGAUAACAGCCGCUCGACGCCGCGACAAUGUCAUUGCCAGUCGUCUGCUGGAGAAGGUGCGCAAUAUAAUGUGCAAUCGCCAUGGGGCCUGGGGCGAUUCAAGUGGGGCUGUGCAAAAGCAGACCUAUUGGAAGCUGGAUGCCUGGGAGGAUGAUGCGCGUCGACGCAAGCGCAUGGUGCAAAAUCCCCGUGGGUCCUCACAUCCCCAAGCCACCCUCAAAGCUGCCUUAGAGAAUGGUGGUCCCGAAGAUGCCAUUCUACAGACACGCGAUGAAUUCCACACCCAAAUCGCCGUGAGUCGAGCUCACCAAGCUACCCAACACACUGCCGAUUUGCUGGACGAUGCCGAGCUGCUGAUAGAGGAUAGAGAACUGGACCUCGACCUGACGGGUCCUGUGAAUAUCAGCACAAAGGCCAAGCUGAUUGCCCCCGGCCUGGUGGCCCCCGGCACGGUGUCCAUCACCAGCACCGAGAUGUUCUUCGAGGUGGAUGAAGACCAUCCCGAGUUCCAGAAGAUCGAGCCUGAAGUCCUCAAAUAUUGUGAUCAUUUACAUGGCAAGUGGUACUUCUCCGAAGUGAGAGCCAUUUUCUCACGCCGCUAUUUGCUGCAAAACGUUGCCUUGGAGAUCUUUUUGGCCUCACGCACCUCCAUACUGUUCGCCUUCCCCGACCAGCACACCGUGAAGAAGGUGAUCAAGGCCCUGCCCCGUGUAGGCGUGGGCAUCAAGUACGGCAUACCGCAGACUAGACGAGCUUCGAUGAUGUCGCCACGUCAGUUGAUGCGUAACUCGAACAUGACCCAGAAAUGGCAGCGUCGGGAAAUAUCCAAUUUUGAAUAUCUAAUGUUCCUCAAUACCAUAGCAGGUCGCACAUACAACGAUUUAAACCAAUACCCCAUAUUCCCCUGGGUCUUGACCAAUUACGAAACCAAAGAUUUGGACCUAAGCCUACCCUCGAACUAUCGUGAUCUGUCCAAGCCUAUAGGCGCCUUGAAUCCCUCGCGUAGAGCCUACUUCGAAGAGCGCUACGAGUCGUGGGAAAGUGAUACAAUACCUCCAUUCCACUAUGGGACACACUACUCCACCGCUAGCUUCACCCUCAACUGGCUGGUGAGAGUGGAACCCUUCACCACCAUGUUCCUGGCCUUACAGGGGGGCAAAUUCGAUUAUCCCGAUCGCUUGUUCUCCUCCGUCAAUCUGUCGUGGAAGAAUUGCCAGCGCGAUACGUCCGAUGUCAAGGAGCUGAUACCCGAAUGGUAUUUCCUGCCGGAAAUGUUCUACAACUCGUCCGGCUAUCGUCUGGGUCACCGUGAAGAUGGAGCCCUGGUGAAUGACAUCGAGCUGCCACCCUGGGCCAAGACGCCCGAAGAGUUUGUGCGCAUCAACCGCAUGGCUUUAGAAUCGGAAUUCGUCUCGUGCCAGCUGCAUCAAUGGAUCGAUUUGAUAUUCGGCUACAAACAGCGUGGACCCGAAGCAGUACGCGCCACCAAUGUCUUCUACUAUCUGACCUAUGAGGGCAGCGUAGAUCUGGAUGGCAUAGCCGAUCCCGUAAUGCGCGAGGCAGUGGAAAAUCAAAUACGCAACUUUGGCCAAACGCCCAGCCAAUUGUUGAUGGAACCCCAUCCCCCACGUAGUUCGGCCAUGCAUUUGUCACCCAUGAUGUUUAGUGCCAUGCCCGAUGAUUUGUGUCAAAUCUUGAAAUUCUAUCAGAAUUCUCCCAUCAUACAUAUAUCGGCCAACACGUAUCCCCAGCUGUCGCUGCCCUCGGUGGUAACGGUGACGGCAGGUCAUCAAUUUGCGGUCAAUCGUUGGAAUUGUAACUACACUGCCUCCGUCCAAAGUCCCAGCUAUGCGGAUUCCAAUCAACAGCAGGGAGCCGUUAAGCCUCUGGCCAUAGAUCCGGUGUUAACUGCUGCCCAAAAUACCACCCACAAUAAUCCCAUGAAUCGCCGACAUUUGGGUGAUAAUUUCAGUCAAAUGCUGAAGAUUCGUUCAAAUUGUUUUGUGGUGACAGUCGAUAGUCGUUUCCUCAUCGCCUGUGGCUUUUGGGAUAAUAGUUUCCGGGUUUUCAAUACAGAAUCAGCCAAAAUUGUCCAAAUUGUUUUUGGCCACUUUGGUGUGGUAACCUGUCUGGCACGUUCAGAGUGCAACAUUACUUCGGAUUGUUACAUAGCCUCAGGUUCGGCAGAUUGUACUGUGCUGCUAUGGCACUGGAAUGCUCGUACCCAGAGUAUUGUGGGUGAAGGUGAUGUGCCCACACCACGUGCAACUCUUACCGGCCAUGAGCAGGCUGUUACUUCGGUUGUGAUUAGUGCUGAGCUUGGCUUGGUAGUUUCAGGAUCAACAAAUGGUCCUGUGCUUAUCCAUACCACAUUUGGAGACCUGUUGCGUUCUCUGGAUGCUCCCAUGGAUUUCCAUUCACCCGAAUUGAUAGCCAUGUCCCGCGAAGGUUUCAUUGUAGUCAACUAUGACAAAGGCAAUGUGGCCGCCUAUACCAUCAAUGGCAAAGAGCUACGACAUGAGACCCACAAUGAUAAUCUGCAGUGUAUGCUUCUUUCACGCGAUGGUGAAUAUCUUAUGACAGCUGGUGAUCGUGGCAUUGUGGAGGUGUGGCGCACUUUUAACUUAGCCCCCCUCUAUGCCUUCCCAGCUUGCAAUGCGGGUAUACGAUCGUUGGCCUUGACUCAUGAUCAAAAAUACUUACUGGCUGGUCUAUCAACUGGUUCAAUUGUUGUAUUCCACAUUGAUUUCAAUCGCUGGCAUCAUGAGUAUCAACAACGCUAUUAAGACGCAUGCGCCUGGACUCGGUAAUCAAUCAAUGGUAGGAAAGACAAGAGCAAUGCUAAGGUCAUUCCACCAAAACAAAUAGAAAACAUUCCAACAUAUUCCAAUAUGAGCCAAAACAGCAAAUCAAACCUUAGAAACACAGAGACAACAAACAACUCAGCUUAAAAGUUGACUAUAGAACUUAAACUGCAAAUAAUUACAUAAUAAAAGUAAGUUUUGUUUUAUAUGAUGGAUGACAAAAGGGAGUUGAAGACGGAAAAAACAAACAAAUCUGGCUUUUAGUUAAGAUGACGUAAAGAAAACAAAAAAACUGUAAAUGGUUUUUCCAAAAAAAAAAAACAACAACAACAUAACGCAAGUAAGCUUUGAACUUACUUUAAAGACAUUAAAACUUAGUUUCUAGGUUAGGCAAGUAAUGCAAUAAAAACAGAAAAUCAAAUCUUAAAACAAAGAAUUUUUCAAAAUUAUGUUUUUAGGUUGAGGUUGAAUGCUCUUAAACUUUGAGGUUUGUAAAAAGCUCUCAGAGGUAGAGGUUGAGUGCUUUUAAACUUUGAGGUUUGUAAAAAGCUCUCAGAGUUACCCUGUGUUUGGUUUUUCUUUGCAAUUUAGGAUAGAUGAGCUCUUCUCCAUUUAGAAAGAGAGUUGAAUGAAAGCUGCUGCUAUGGUAGAUAAACCUUAAAACGUUUUCGCCUCCUCAAUAGAAAUUCGUUUAAAAUAACGCAAAAAAACAAAAAAUUUAGCUGAAGAAAAGCAACAUUCAAAACAUUUUCAUAGUUUAGCAGGGGUUAUUAUGAAGAUUAAAAAAAAACAAAAAACAUUUUAUAAUAGAAAAACAGAAAAAUCAGCAACUGAAACUAAGUGGCCAAAAGAAAACGUACUAAAGUAGUAUUAAUUUUACAAAACCCUGAAAAAAAAAUCACAAAAAAUCAGCAUCAACUUAAGAAUAUGAAAAAAUUUAAAACAAAAGGCGUUAAA